AUGCGCCUCGCCCACCUCCACCUCCCAAACACAACACCCUUCGCCCGAGUCUCCCACCUCCAACAGACCCUAACAACAAGACUCCUAACGCACAAAAAACUAGCCUCUCCAGGCUCCCUCUCCUCCCAGGCCCCCCUCGAUACUACGGACACCCUAGCAAAAAGCCUCCCACCACCCCCAGACCCAACAAUAAUAACCUUCACCCCAAACCCAGUCUACACAACCGGCCGGCGCGACCUACCCCCCUCAAAUACAAGCCCACCCAACAAUACAAACAAUACACCGCUAUCCCUCCCCCCAGCCCUCGAACCAAUCCGCUCAAUCCUCACCCCGGGGAAAGAUGGCACACCCGCACGCGCAGAGUACCACCCAACCCUCCGCGGCGGACAGACUACAUAUCAUGGACCUGGGCAGAUGGUCGCAUAUACGAUACUCGAUUUGAAGAGGUUGGGUCUGACGCCUAGGUGUCAUAUUCGCGUUUUGGAGAACAGUGUUAUUGAUUUGCUUGGUGGGUUUGGGGUUAAAGGGUUUACGACUGAGGAUCCGGGGGUUUGGGUUAGGGAUACUGCCAAUGGGAAUGGGGAUGCGAAGAAGAUUACUGCUGUCGGGGUUCAUCUCAGGAGGAACAUUAGUAGCUUUGGGAUUGGGCUGAAUGUUACGCAGGAGCCUAUGUGGUUCUUUAGGCAGAUUGUUGCUUGUGGAUUGGAAGGAAAGGAGGCUACUAGUUUGCAGGGUGUUGGUGUUGGGGAUGGGGUGUCUGUCGAUGAUAUUGCGGAUGCCUUUGUUAUGAAGUUUGUUGAGCGGGUUAAUGCUGAUUUUGCUUGUGGGGAGAAGGCUUUGGGGGAGAGGAUUGACGAGGUCUAUCGGGUUCGUGAGGAGGAUUUACUUUAG